AUGGCCGACGUCCCGAUCGACCUCACGGACAACACCGAUGAAAUCGUAAAUUUGACAUCGCCGCGCAAGUCGCUGGCGCAGGAGGAGGACGAGCGCCUCUCCGCCGCGGCGGCAAUCCUGCUCGCCUCCGUGCCGCCGGACACGCUGAAGCCCGGCAAGGCGCGGCGCCUCUGCCGCAAGCAGCUCGGCGAUCCAUCUCUAACCCCCGCGGCCGUCGCCGCGCGCGCGCGCGCGACCGUCGACGAGUCGCCCGGGGCGGGCGACGAGCCCGGCCUCGAGUGCGGCUGCUGCUUCUGCGAGACGCCCCUCCCCGAGCUCGUGCAGUGCUCCGAGGGCCACGUCUUCUGCCGCGACUGCCUCGCGGCCUACGCGCGCGAGCAGGUCUUCGGCGGCGGGCGCGCGCGGCUGGCGUGCAUGUGCGCGGACGGCCCUCCGUGCCGGGGCCGGUUCGUCGAGUCGCAGCUCCGCGCGGCGCUGCCGCCGGAGCAGAUGGCCAGGCUCGAGGAGACGGCGGCGGCCGAGGCCGCGCGGAGCGCGGCGCUGGACCUGCUGCGGUGCCCCGCGUGCGGCGUCCCCCACGAGAAGCCGUCGGGCGCGCGCCGCGUCGCCGUCUGCCCGCAGCGCGGCUGCGGCUACGAGAGCUGCGUCGCCUGCCGCGGCCCGGCGCACGGCGAGGACCCCUGCCCGCCGAGGAAGCGGGGCCGGGACGGCGGCGACGCCGAGGACGCGAAGCGGCUCCGCGUCGAGGAGGCGCUCACCAGGGCAGGACAAGAGAGCGAAAUUCCAAACUUCAAAGCCUCAUAUCUCGGCCGUUUUGCACUCGCGCUCACGGAGGCCAAGGUCCGGACCUGCCCGGCCUGCGGCGCCAAGUUCUUCAAGUCCGACGGCUGCAACAAGAUGACCUGCGCCUGCGGCGCCUGGUCCUGCUACGUCUGCCGGGCGCCCAUCCCGAAGGACGUGGGCUACAAGCACUUUUGCCAGACGCCGCACUGCGACCACUCGAAGUGCGGGAAAUGCCGCCUCUACACGGACGACGCCGAGGACGAGCGCGCGGCCCUCGCCGAGGCCGCGGCGAAGGCGCGGGAGGAGUCGGGCGCGGACGCGUCCGUCGUCGAGGGCCUGCUCGACCAGGCCGCGGCGCCCGCGCGGCGGCCGCGGCGGCCGGGGCCCGUCAUCGACUUCCGGGCCGCGCUCGACCAGGCGCGGCGCCGCCGCGCCAUCCCCCGGCGGGGCCUCGACGCGCUCGACGCGCUCCGCGGCGGCGCGGGGCUCCGCGACGUGCUCGGCGGCGGCCGCGCGCUCGGCGGCGGCCACCGGCCGCCGCGCGGGCCGCCGCCGGUCGUGCCGCGCCAGAUGCAGCCGCGGCGCGACCGGCGCCGCGACGAGCCGCGGCGCGACGACCGGCGCCGCGACGACCGGCGGCCCAGGGACGACCGGCGCCGGGCGGAGCCGCGGCGCGCGGCGCCGGCUCCGGCCUGGCCCGCGCGCGACGACGACGUCGACGACUUCGGCCCGCGGCCGGCGGCGGAGCCCAUCGACCUGACGGACGAGCCGCCGACCUUCCGGCGCGCGGACCGCCGGCCCUACGCGCCGCCGCGCGACCCCUGGAACUAA